GCCCCACAAUGCACCGCCCGCCCUUUUCUGGCCGCCCCCUGCCUCUGCUCUCUGGAGACCCUGGAGAGGUAGCGCCGCGACCCCUUCCCGGCGCCCUUCGCGCGGUGGUCUCGCGGUGAUUCGGGUGCGCGGGGUCAAGGCGCCGGGCCGAGCGGCUGGGGCCGGGGCGCCAUGCGGAGGGGCGAGCGCAAGGGCGCUGAGGGGCCGCGGCCGGGGUCUCCUGUGCCCGUGGGCAAGGCCUCGCUGGAGGAACCCCCGGAUGGCGGGCCCGCGGGCCGAGCGAGCGGGCCGGGCGCGGGCCGUCGCAGCACCGAGUCCGAGGUCUACGACGACGGCACGAACACCUUCUUCUGGCGGGCCCACACCCUGACGGUGCUCUUCAUCCUCACCUGCGUGCUGGGCUACGUGACGCUGCUGGAGGAGACGCCGCAGGACACGGCCUACAACACCAAGAGAGGUAUUGUGGCCAGUAUUUUGGUUUUCUUAUGUUUUGGAGUCACACAAGCUAAAGACGGGCCAUUUUCCAGACCUCAUCCAGCUUACUGGAGGUUUUGGCUCUGCGUUAGUGUGGUCUACGAGCUGUUUCUCAUCUUUAUACUCUUCCAGACUGUCCACGACGGCCGCCAGUUUCUGAAGUACGUGGACCCCAGGUUGGGGGUCCCGCUGCCGGAGAGGGACUACGGGGGAAACUGCCUCAUCUAUGACGCGGACAACAAGACUGACCCCUUCCACAACGUCUGGGACAAGCUGGAUGGCUUCGUGCCCGCACACUUUAUCGGCUGGUACCUGAAGACGCUGAUGAUCCGCGACUGGUGGAUGUGCAGCAUCGUGAGCGUCAUGUUCGAGUUCCUGGAGUACAGCCUGGAGCACCAGCUGCCCAACUUCAGCGAGUGCUGGUGGGACCACUGGAUCAUGGACGUGCUUGUCUGCAACGGGCUGGGCAUCUACUGCGGCAUGAAGACGCUCGAGUGGCUGUCGCUGAAGACGUACAAGUGGCAGGGCCUCUGGAACAUUCCAACCUACAAGGGCAAGAUGAAGAGGAUCGCCUUCCAGUUCACGCCCUACAGCUGGGUCCGCUUCGAGUGGAAGCCGGCCUCCAGCCUGCGCCGCUGGCUGGCCGUGUGCGGCAUCAUCCUGGUGUUUUUGUUGGCAGAGCUGAACACCUUCUACCUGAAGUUCGUGCUCUGGAUGCCGCCCGAGCACUACCUGGUCCUGCUGCGGCUCGUCUUCUUCGUCAACGUGGGCGGCGUGGCCAUGCGGGAGAUCUACGACUUCAUGGACGACCCGAAGCCCCACAAGAAGCUGGGCCAGCAGGCCUGGCUGGUGGCGGCCAUCACGGUCACCGAGCUGCUCAUCGUGGUCAAGUACGACCCGCACACGCUCACGCUCUCGCUGCCCUUCUACAUCUCCCAGUGCUGGACGCUCGGCUCCGUGCUGGCCCUCACCUGGACUGUCUGGCGCUUCUUCCUGCGGGACAUCACGCUGAGGUACAAGGAGACGCGGCGGCAGAAGCAGCAGAGCAGGGACGGGCAGGCCAGGGCGGACGGCCGCGUGGACAGACACCCGCCUGGGCCCGACGACCCCUCGGCGCCCGAGGAGGCCGAGCAGGAGGGGGUGCCGGCCCCGAACUGACACGGCGCCGCGGCCACGCGGAGCCAGUUGCACCGCCAGGAACCUCCUGCAGCCCUCCGCCCUCGAGUGUCGUCUUCUCCCGCGUGCGUGCGUGUGUGCGGGCGCACCGUGGGCUCCCGGGGCUCCGGGCUUGCCCUGGGCAGCCCGGCCCUAGGGAGUGCGUGCCCCUGCCCCUUCCUGCGCAGUCAGCCCAAAGCCUCGGCCCCUCGGCGCCUCCGAACCACACGGCCUGGCCCAGGAGCACGGCCACGGCGCCCCCUGCACCCCAGGGCCCUGCCGGCCCCCGGCGGCCCAGCACCCAUGAAGGACGAUCGUCCGGGAGCAGCUGAGGCGGCCAAGAAAGGGUGGAUCCCUUCCCUGGCCAGAGGGUGUGAGGACGGGGCCGCCAUCGAGUCAGACCCCAAGCCGGUGCCACUGUCGGGAGGGUGGGUCCUGGGGGUGGCGAGGGUUCCUGACUGCAGAGCUGAGGUCACUUCCACGAGCAGACAGAACAAGUAAAAGCCACGGUAAUGGCCUGCC